AGGUCGUUCAGUUCUAUUCGCGAAGCCGUGACGAACAGUUCGUUUCAGGAGAACUAUUCCAAUCAGUAUCAAAAUGGGACUGUUCAAAACUUGUGCGUUAACAACAGCAACUUUGCUGGCAAUGUCUGUGCUAAGUUUAUCCGUUUGUUGGAUUUGGCUCGGCCACGAGUUCAUUCCAAACCGGGUGGAACGAGCGGAAUCGAUCCGGAAUGCGAGUUAUGACUUUAUCAUAGUGGGCGCCGGGACCGCCGGUAGCGUCCUAGCGAACCGCCUCUCGGCCAACGCCAACGUGUCCGUGCUGCUCAUCGAAGCCGGAGACGUGUUCGGGGCCGCUUCCGUCGUGCCGCUGCUCGCCACAACGCUCCAGCAAACCAGCUACGAUUGGGCCUUUCGGACAACCCCGCAAAAAUACUCCUCACGAGGACUCAUCAAUAACCAACAAUUUCUUCCGCGUGGCCGUGGUUUGGGCGGCUCCGGCCAGAUUAACUACAUGCUGCACUUUACCGGAACGGGCGAGGACUUUGAGCGGUGGGAACGGCUGGGCGCGGACGGUUGGGGCUAUGAAGCGAUGAAGCCAUAUCUGGACGGUAUUGAGCGUGAGCGGAACGAGGGUGAAGCGUGUCCUACCGAGCUGAGGGAUGAUGAAAUUUUUGAGCAAAACCAAUACCCGUCCAUGCUGCCAACUGGUUCAAAGUCUCAACUGUUCAACUUUUGUCCAUCAUCUGCGCCGUCAUCUCCUCCUCAAAAACACUCCCCAAAGCUAUUUGUCACAACCACGGAAAACGUUCUUUCGAAAGCAUUCACCGACGCCGGUGCCGAGUUGGGCUUGGCUGGCCACAACUUCAACCCCGCUCGUUACACCAUCCGCAACGGAAUCCGCUGGAGCAGCUAUCACGAGUAUCUUCGGCCAGCGUUUGGUCGCGCCAAUCUUCACAUUCUAACCAACUCCGUCGUGCAACGGGUUAUUUUCGACGAGGCGAAACGUGCCGUUGGAGUGGCCGUAGCAGAUUCGGUUGAUGGCACCUCAAUCGUAAUUAACGCACUCAGAGAGGUCAUCCUGAGUGCCGGUGCGUUUCAGACUCCACAACUGCUUAAAGUGUCUGGCGUUGGCCCAGCUGCCGAGCUCAAACGGCACAAUGUUCCGUUAGUUCACGACGCACCCCAGGUCGGACAGAACCUUUUCGAUCACCUAAACCUCCCCCUUUACGUUUCAAUCAAUACGACCGCCAGUGUCACCCUCAACAAGAUCGCCAACCUGCACAGCAUUUAUAACUACCUCAAGCACGGAACGGGCGUCUUCUCCAGCACGGCCGUCGCCGGCAUCGGAAGCCCACGAAACGCAAAUUUCGGCGUCAUCCUGUUCGGCAUGGGCACCGUCGACGAGCAGGCCCUCCGCCACGUCUCCAACAUGAAGCAGGACUCCUUCCAAAACUUCUUUCCCCUCCACCGCAACACCACCCAAGAAGGAUUCCUCUUCCUCAGCACCUGCCACCAGCCGAAAAGUCGCGGAGCGAUCUACCUACGCGAUCGCAACGCCCACUCCAAACCGUUCAUCAACCCCAACUACCUCAAGCAUCCAGCCGACAUCGACUGCAUGACCGAAGCCAUCCGACUGGCGGCGAAAACCGCCGCCACCGAACCGUUCCGCAGGAUGAACGCCACCAUCCAUUGGCCGCGGGUGCGCAGCUGCGCUAACUUUGGUCCCUUCGAGGAGGACUUCCGGACGAAUCGACCCAGCGAUCGGUACCUGGAGUGCAUCCUGCGUGUUUCGGCACUGACCGGGCACCAUCCGGGGGGGACGGCCGCCAUGGGAAGGGGGGGAGUCGUGGACAGUCAGUUGAGGGUCAACGGUGUACGAGGAUUACGAGUCGUGGACGCCAGCGUGUUUCCUGCGCCGGUUUCCGGAACACCAAAUUCCGUUAUUAUUGCCGUUGCCGAGAAGGCGAGCGACAUAAUCGUGAGAGAUAAUAGCGGCGGUUGAAAUGGCCGGACAAUG